AUCCCUUGAACCCAAACGCAAAUGGUGGAGAAUAAUGGAACUCAUUAAUCUCAACUCCCCAAUUACAACUACAACUUCCAUUACUCGUUUCAUUCAACCAACCCCAAAACAAAAACACCCCCCUUCAAUUCUCAAACCCAUUUUCCCUCUUAAAACCACCCUUCUCCGACAACCCCUGCAUAAAACCACCACCAUCUCACCGCCACCGCCGCCGCCGUCGCCGCCUCAACAUCAAAAUAAUCAAAUUUGCAAUAUAAAUAACAGAAUCUUUGAUGUUCUACGCUUAAUGGAUGGUCUUGGAGUUGUUGUUACCCCAGAUAUUUAUGCUUCUCUUGUUGUUGAAUGUACCCAAAAGCAAGACGCCAUUGAAGCAGCAGGAAUUUAUACCCACAUGAAGAAAAAUGCUGGGAUUGUUAGGUUUUUAAAGGGUUCUUCUGGGUUGUGUUUGCUUAAUCGAAUUUUAUUGAUGCUUGUAAGUUGCGGUUGUUUUGAUGUUGCACACCAACUGUUCGAUGAAAUGCCGCACAGAAAUUUUAUUUCUUUGGCUAUUGUGAUGGCUGCCCUUAUUGAUAAUCAUCUUUUUGAGGAAGCUUUGGAGUUGUUUGUGAAUAUGCAUCGAUAUUUUGUUUAUCAGGAGUUUGAUUCGGGUUUGGAAAUUGUUUUGGUUAGUUUUCUUAAGGCUUGUGUACAUUUAAAGGAGGUUGAUUUAGGGAAGAUGGUUCAUGGGUGGAUGCUUAAAAUGGGUUAUGAUAGAGGAUUAGUGGUUGAUACUGCUUUGGUUGAAUUCUAUGGAAAAUCUGGGUGUUUAAUGGAGGCUAAUCAUGUGUUCUUUGACCUUAUUCGAGUGGUUGAUCACCGCGAUACUGUGCUUUGGACUGGUGUUAUUGUUAACAAUGGCCGCAAACAAUGUUUUGGAGAGGUGAUAAGACUUUUUCGGGUGAUGGGCGAGGCCGGAGUUAGGAUGAACGAGUAUACAUUUUCUAAUGUUCUUAAGGCUUGUGGAAGAGUUGGUGAUGGUGGAUUGUUUGGACAACAAGUUCAUGCUAAUGCUAUAAAACUCGGGUUGGACAGUUGUGUUUUUGUGAUGUGUGCUCUUAUUGACAUGUAUGGUAGAUGUGGAUUGUUGAAUGAUGCUAAGAGAGUUUUUGACAGUAUGGAUCACAGGAAACGAAACAAUGCGUGUUGGAACGCUAUGGUUACUGGUUUUAUACACCAUGGAUCGUACAUUGACGCCUUAAAGACCUUGUACGAAAUGAAGGCUGCAGGUCUGAAACCACAGAAAUCAGUAAUGGAUGAAGUCAGGCUUGCCUGUGGUAGUCUGAAGCUAGAAAUAACAUGAUGAAUACUAACAGGAACAGUUUUGUAAGGAUGAUAAUAUCAAACCCGGGUUACAGAACUGAUCCUAUGUGAUAUUGUAAGCAAGUUCUGCUAGAGAUGUGUAUUGAUGGGUUUCGAUUUGCUAAUGGAUGACUCAAACUUAACGAAUGACACGAUCUCUUGUUGUAUGUUCGACCUGAGAUAUAUACGGAAGCAUUCAUCUACGAAAUUUGCUAGCCAUUAUUUGGUCUCCUGCAUCAAUACUGCCCUGUCAUGGUACUCAUGGAAAACUGAUAAUCGGUCAACUUAGCAGCAAAGCUUGCAUUGGGAGAUUUUGCACUAGAUCAGGUAAUACAUGUCGUUUCAACAGACCAUUUAGUGUUUAUAUUACAUGUUGUUUGCCUGAAUUCGUGUACAAAUUUGUACAUAUGACUAUAUGAGUAUCAUUUUGAACAGCUUGUUUAUAUGAGUAUAUUUCAGAUGGUCUGUUAUCUGUAUAUGUUAUCAGUAGCACUGGCUUCUAGUUUAUGAAAAUCAGUUUGUUUAUCUUUGAUAUGAACUCGAUAUCUGGUGACUU